CUGCACCGUGUCUUUUGAUGAAUCGCAAGUUUUAGAUUAAGCCACGUGUUUAAUAUUUAUAUUAUAUUUAAAAAAUCACUAAACAUGAUCCCGAAUAAAAAAAGCCAGAUCUACGAAUUCUAUCACUUCCAUCACUGUUGUAAAUUUGUGUCACUGAAUUCUAAAAAUUGGUUUCCUUUUUGUAUGAGAAAGCAGCAAAAUGGAUGAGAGUGCACAUAUGAUGAUGACAGCGUGCAGGUCGACGACAUCGAACAAAACUACGACGGUAUGAGGUUCGACAGUCGUGCACGGGCAGGCGGCGACGCGCAGGACGAUGGGACGACAGUGGUGGCAACUUAAAACUUUAAUUUGCCUUUUAAGCUUUUUUAAAAUGAUCAAAAUGCUGGACACGUGGCUUGAUCCGAAAUGUGUGAUUUAUCUAACGGACGCGAUUAUUCAAAAGGCAGGGUGCAGUUCCCUCCUUGAAGGCAGAGAAUCUGAACCCCCAAGUAGUCUAUCUGAGAAGGUUUAGACAUUGAAACAACACAUCACCACACCACCAUCUUUCACUCACCGCUUUCAACCCCAUUCUUUUCAGCAUCUUGUAUUCACCAUAUCAAGGGAAUAAAGUAGCAAUGGCUUUUUGCUACUUCAACUCUAUUCCUACUAGCUCUCAUCUCAUUUCACCAGACUUAUCUCAAAAAUUCAAGAUUCCAAAGCUUCUUCACAGGAAAAAGAGGUUCGGCGUCUUGCCCAGAUCUUCAAAAGUUACUGCAUUUUAUGGCUUGAAGGCCCCUCCUUACGAACUUGAUGCAUUAGAGCCGUAUAUGAGUAAGAGGACAAUUGACAUGCACUGGGGAGAGCAUCAUCGGAAUUUUAUCGAAGGUUUGAAUAAACAGCUGGAGAAGGAUGAUAUACUUUAUGGUUACACCAUGGAUGAACUAAUCAAAGUGACUUACAACAAUGGCAACCCCUUACCUGAAUUCAACAAUGCAGCUGAGGUUUGGAAUCAUGACUUCUUCUGGGAAUCCAUGCAACCGGGAGGGGGUGAUAUGCCCGUACUAGGUCUACUUCAACAGAUUGAAAAGGAUUUUGGAUCCUUUACGAAUUUCAAAGAGAAGUUUAUAGAAGCUGCACUCACAUUGUUUGGUUCUGGCUGGGUUUGGCUGGUUUAUUAUCUUAAACGAAACAUUGUUGUUCGAUAUUUUGCUUUGAUAUUGCGGGUGAUUGACUGUUGCGAACAUUAUUUGGUUGUUUUAGUGAAGAGAGAAGAAAAACAAUUAGCCAUUGUUAAAACUUCAAAUGCCAUAUGCCCUAUUGUGUGGGAUGAUAUACCAAUUAUCAAUUUGGAUUUGUGGGAGCAUGCAUACUAUCUGGAUUACAAGAAUGACAGAGCAAAGUAUGUGAAUGUAUUUAUGAACCACCUUGUGUCUUGGAAUGCGGCAACGGAACGCUUGGCAUAUGCAGAAGCAUUUGUGAACUUGGGAGAACCUAAAAUUCCUGUUGCAUGAAAUAUUGGAAUGCUGAAUGAUUACAAGACAUUGAAGGAACAUAUGGCAUCUUAAGUGGAAUUGGUAUGGAAUUCAAAGACUUCACAUGUCAUGGGGUUUGAUCAUAUAGCCAGAAGGAAAAGAGUGGAUCAGUCAUUGUUUAAGUACAACAUUCAUUGUGCCCUACGUGCUUCAUUCUGGUUAUCUAGGACUGAGGAAAAUCUGUUAUAUGGAGGGGUCUAGUGAACUUAGGGUAGGAGUCAAGGAUUUCAAUGAAUAAUGAGACAGAAAAAAUAGUAUGAUGUUUGAGUUAUUAGUCUCAUCGUACGAAAGUGUUAGUGCAAUUGUUAAUGUGUCAAAAUGUUUGUAGUAAAUUUAAAACUGAACCAGAAUUCUUAAUGUAUGUACUUGGUUAUAAGUUCUACUUCACACACGCACACCAGGAAAGAGCAUCAUAAGCUGAUAAAGGGCCUAUAGGCUAUAACCAUAAGAUAUUCAUGGUAUAGGCGAAUGUUUUAAAAACCAGAUUGAACUCGCCAUUCAAUCAAUUAUGACAAUUAAAUCAUUGGAGUUCUUGUCAAUUCAA